GUGACCCCGUGGAGCAGGAGGGGAUAAGGGACUCGGCGGAGAAGGGGGCACUGGAGAGGGAUGCCCUGACUGAUGAGGAUGGCGAGGACUCCGAAAUAGAACGAAACCUUCCAGUUUCAGCCAGACCUGCCUGUGCGAAUAAAUUAAUAGACUAUAUCAUAGGGGGAGUUUCCAGUGAGGAAGAGAGUACGGAUGAUGAGGAAGACUGGGAUGAUGACGACGACGGGUUUGAUAGCGAAGGGCUCCCCUCGGAUUCAGAUGCCGGUAGCCAGGAUGGGGAAAGGCUUCAUCUCUGGAAUUCCUUCUACAGUUUGGAUCCGUAUAACCCUCAGAACUUCACAGCCACCAUUCAGACAUCUUCCAGCGAUCAGGGAAGGAAUAUGUCAGAAGUGGAGGAGGAGGAAGAUUCUUCGUGGGCAGAGGAGUCUUCAGGCUCUCCUCACCCUAGUUCUGAAGAGGAGGACGAGUGGGACUGUAGCAGUGUGGAUGAGGCAGAAAGCUUGAAACUUUGGAACUCGUUCUGUACCUCAGAUGAUCCAUAUAAUCCUUUAAAUUUCAAGGCAGCCUUUCAAACAGCAAAGAAAGGGACGCCUGGUUUAAAAGGAACCGAGAGGCCGAGUUCGGUCUUUUCUGAACGUAGCAACUUAACUGUCUGUCGGGUGCAGCUGGAAAAACAUAACUGUGGGGUUCCUGACUUUGUGCAGCAGCAUGGCGCUCUUUCUGGUGAGAAAUGUGGAAGUACCAAGCGGAAAAAGGUAACCUUCCUUGAAAAAGUUACUGAGUAUUACAUAAGCAGUGAGGAGGAUCGUAAAGGACCCUGGGAAGAGCUUGCACGAGAUGGAUGCAGGUUCCAGAAACGUAUCCAAGAAACAGAAGAAGCCAUAGGAUACUGCUUCACAACAGAGCAUAGACAAAGAGUAUUUGAUAGACUCCAAGAAACCCUCCUACAAGAGGGUUGAUCUCUUCUAGCACCUUAAAAGAUCUGGUAGUUGCGUGACCCUAAGCACUCGUGAACAUCUUC